UCUGACUGAAAUUAGUUGGUGAAAUUAUCCAAAGUCUCUGCUCUGAAAGUCUGUAAUCUUGAAAGCACGAAAAGACGAAUCUUGAAAGAUUACAUUAUUCUAAUCAAACAACAAGAAUAAUAAUUCAAUUCGAUAUUGUAAUUGGUUCAUGAAAUUGUAACUGCGAACUGAGGACAUACUCCAUACAAGAGAAAACAGAUAGCUACAAUGGAUGUUCCUAACAAGAGGGCAGCUUCAUCAAUAUUUGAAGAUUUAUCAAAUGUGGAAUUUGAAACCAGUGAAGAUGUGGAAGUUAUCGAAAAGUUCAAAAACAUGAAUCUGAAAGAAGAACUGCUAAGAGGAAUCUUUGCAUAUGGCUUCGAGAAACCUUCAGCUAUUCAACAACGAGCUAUAAAACCUAUUAUGAAAGGCAGAGAUGUAAUUGCACAAGCUCAAUCUGGUACUGGUAAAACUGCCACAUUUUCAAUUUCAAUUUUGCAAGCAGUGGAUUUGACUAUGAGAGAAACCCAGGUGUUGUGCCUAUCACCAACAAGAGAAUUGGCUGUUCAAAUACAAAAAGUUAUAUUAGCUCUUGGGGACUUUAUGAAUGUCCAAUGUCAUGCAUGCAUUGGAGGAACAAACCUUGGAGAAGAUAUAAGAAAACUUGAUUAUGGUCAACAUGUUGUCAGUGGUACUCCAGGAAGGGUAUAUGAUAUGAUAAGAAGAAGAGCUCUACGUACCAGGGCAGUGAAAAUGCUGGUACUAGAUGAAGCUGAUGAGAUGUUGAACAAGGGUUUCAAAGAACAGAUCUAUGAUGUUUAUAGAUUCCUUCCUCCAUCUACACAAGUAGUUCUUAUAUCUGCUACAUUACCCCAUGAAAUUCUAGAGAUAACUUCAAAAUUUAUGACUGAUCCAAUCAGAAUCUUGGUGAAACGUGAUGAAUUGACCCUGGAAGGAAUCAAACAAUUCUUUGUGGCAGUGGAAAGAGAGGAAUGGAAAUUUGACACUCUUUGUGAUCUUUAUGACACCCUCACAAUCACCCAAGCUGUGAUCUUCUGCAACACAAAGAGGAAGGUAGACUGGCUAACGGAGAAAAUGAGGGAAAACAAUUUCACUGUGAGCGCCAUGCAUGGAGACAUGCCACAAAAGGAACGUGACAACAUCAUGAAAGAAUUCAGGUCUGGUCAGAGCAGAGUGCUCAUCACCACUGACGUGUGGGCGAGGGGUAUUGACGUGCAGCAAGUCAGUUUGGUCAUAAACUAUGACUUGCCCAACAAUCGUGAGUUGUACAUUCACAGAAUAGGUAGAUCUGGUCGUUUUGGACGUAAAGGUGUGGCCAUCAACUUUGUUAAAUCUGAUGACAUCAGGAUUUUGAGGGAUAUUGAGCAGUAUUAUUCCACACAAAUUGAUGAGAUGCCUAUGAAUGUUGCAGACUUGAUAUAAAAAUAUGUUAUUUCAUAUAAGUAUAAUAUUUUUAUAUUUAGCAUCAUCUGAAUGACAAG